AUGGGCGCUGAUAUUCGCGUCGACUCUACCUCCGCAGUUAGUGGGUGCCAUCUUUCCGUGGGAUUCGACGAGUGGGGCCGAGUCAUAAUUCGAGAUCCUUCUAAAUUCGGGUCCAAGGUCAUCUACACACAGCUACCGCACGUCAACUCGACCGGGAUACCAUACCCUCAACGGCACGAAAGCUGCGGCAAUGGAGCUGAUCCGCCACAAUGGGUCGUCCCCGUAGGCUGGACGGUGGGCAUGGCGCUCGGCCAAUCAGAAACCCAAAUUGUUUUCCAGGUUCCAGACCAUUCGUACCAUAUGCAUGAGUAUCAACGGAUGGUCCGGCAGUUCCAAGCCUACCAAAACAACAUGAUGCCCUUUUUGGGUGGACUAGCUCUGGAGAGCCGCGCUAUUACAACUGGGGAUAUAUUACCCGCGGCCGAGCGGAGUGCACCUGAUCGAAAGAAGGGCCGCUAUGCCUGGAUCAUCGGCGAUAAACGACUCGGUCGCGGCGCAUCUUCCCAGGUCUUCGAGGUCUUCAACAGCUCCAAUUGGGCAAGGUGUGCUGGGAAGCGAGUACAGAAGUACCCGGAUUUCCAGCACGAAUAUGCCUUGAUGAGCACUCUCGAACACAGAUACAUCGCUCGCUACAUCGAUAUACAAGAGAUACAAGGCUCUGACCCAAUGAUCAUCAUGGAGUACUGCGAUCUAGGGUCUCUUUACGAACAGCACAGAUGGAUUUGCUUUAAAGGGAACGAAAUCAUGGUGAUUAUGACCCAAGCAUUCGCUGCUGUCGAUUACCUUCACAGCCAUAAUAUCACACAUCGCGACCUCAAGCCAGACAAUAUCCUCAUCCGGUCCAGGGAGCCUCUCGAAAUUGCAGUGAGCGACUUUGGUCUGUCCAAACAAGGAGAGUCCAACAUGGGAACAUUUGUUGGGACCCAAUAUUACAUGGCACCCGAGGUUCUGCUCACGAGGGACAGAGAAAUUCACGGGGGCUUGAGACACAUAUACAAGAACUCGUCGGACAUUUGGUCAUUGGGAGUUAUUGCAGUCGAGCUGACCCACGGAGGAAUGCCGAACUUCAACGGCCACCGUAUUUUUGACUUGGAAUACUGUGAUGCGAUGAGCAGGUUAGGGGCCGAUUUAUUAUUGGAGUCAUUGCAGAACCCAUACUUUGCUGGCCUGGUCUGGGAGAUGCUAUCCUGGGACCCAGACGAUCGACCGACUGCCGCUGGCUGUUUGUCUAGAGUGCCAGCGUUGAGGUUGGACAAUGAGGCUGACCUUUCAGAGAGGUCAUGUUACUCCGUAUCUGGCAGUCAAGGUGUCAACUCUGCAUCGACUAUACGCCAUGUCAACCGCCGGGCGUCCGACUUCAACUCGACAGCAACGCAGUCGGCGCAGGUGCCAGCUAUUGAAGCGGGUUCAGCGACAGUGGGCCCGAACCCGGGCUUCGCCUACCCAUUGGCAAGGCAACUAGGUGAGGACGAAGGAGCCAGAACUGUUUCAGGGGGAGGGGAAGAUGGUUCGUGGGCUGAUGAGAGCGAGGGGUUUGGGGAAAGCCAGGACAGUAUUUCAACAUCGACAUCUUUAUUAUGGGAGGACGGUGGGACGGGAAUACACUCUGGAUGA